GCAAUAGCCAGUUGGAAUCCCAUUACAAUUCAACAUUAUCUAUUGCAUUGAAUCAUGGGCAUAAUUUGUCAAAUUCUAUUUCAUAACAAUACCCAUGGGGUUUACUAUGCCGGACAAACGAUUUUUGGCCAGGUGACGCUCAGCACGGAUACAGUGAAACAAGUCAAGGGCAUUUUCCUGAAGGUCAGAGGAUUUGCCGAGACGCAUUGGACGGAGAGCAGCACGGAUUCGAAUAACAAAUCCACCUCGGAGUCGUACAAUGGAUUUGAGAAGUAUAUGUCCAGCAAAGUCUAUCUCUUUGGAUCGGGUACUAGCGCUGAGUCCACCCUUGAGCCUGGCACUAGGACCUACCAGUUUGCCUGUAAAAUACCCGCCCAUUGUCCCUCCUCGUUCGAGGGUAACAUUGGUCGCAUCAGCUACAGGAUUGGUGUGAAUAUCGUGAAAGCCUGGAAGUACGACAGCUUGUUCUCUCGUACUUUCACUGUGCUGCAAACCAUGGACUUGUUCACCUAUAAUUCUGUUGAGCAUGUGCCAGUGCAGGCAAAGUCCGAAAAGACCUUUGGUUUCUGGCCCUUCAAGUCGGAUCCUUUGAGCCUGGUGCUAACGCUGCCUCAAACGAUCUUUGUGCCCGGCCAAACGGUGCCCUUGUCCGUUCUGGUGGCGAAUGACAGCAACAUCAAGGUGCAGGAGCUCAAAGUGAGCCUGGCCAUGAUCGUCACUUACUACAGCGACCUGAGUGCUGGCCACAAUAUGGAGCGCUUCUCAGUUGUCAAAAUGAAGGCCGAUGGCGUGUUGAGAAACACCCGAAAGCAAUUCGAAUUUCAGCUGCAAGUGCCCUCCACACCGCCCACCUGCUUCCAUCUGUGUCGCAUCAUAAAGAUUGCCUACCAGAUGGAAGUGGUGGCCAAAGUCAAGGGCAUGCAUGUGAAUGCCACACUCAAUGUGCCAGUGACCAUCUGUGGUGUGCCCCUGUCAGCGCAGGUACGACAGACACUGCCGCAGGAGCCGCAGGAGCACAAGCCACUAGUGCCAGAUCCAGGAGCCUUGACAUUGACUCCCAGCGAUUGCCAGGAAUGUGUGGAAGGUGCUGCAGGUCCAACGGCUCCUGAUAGUCCCUGGGCAGAUGAUCCCUCAAUUGCUCCGCCCAGCUAUUCAGAGGCCAUGCACAUUCGUCCUGAUGCAGCGAAGGCCAAUCAAAUGUCAGCAGAUGCAGGCCCAUUGGGGGGCGAAUUGCCCUAUAAGCCUUUGUACCCUGUUUUUGAUUUGACAACUGCAGCAAAAGGGAAGCAGGAAUAUCCGGCAGAAUAUGUGCCAGAGAAGAAGGAAGACCCCUCAGUAUAUUCCGAGGAGAAAAAAAAAGUGAAGAAACCAAUUUUCAAAUGAAGAAAAUUGGAAAAAUCAAAUUUACAACCCCCCCCCUCAAGGAUUGCACACCUUGAAAGAGUUGCUCUUUGUGUGAAAUUUAUACGAGUAUAAUUCAAAAUUGUGACAGAGAUAAGAUAAAGAAAUUGCCUGGCCAUUGCGGCUACCAAUAUAUGAU